AUGGCUAAGCUAGGGGAUAUCGUUAUGAUUUUCCUGUUACAUGCUGGUGCUAUUUGGUCAUCAAAUAAGUUGGUCUUGGCAGAUGUACCAGCUAUCUUUAUAUUUGGCGAUUCGACUGUAGAUGUUGGAACUAAUAAUUAUUUAAAUGGAAGUCUCGCUACAGCAAAUAAUCCUUACUAUGGAAUUGAUUAUCCAAACCACGCUGCUACAGGAAGGUUUAGCAAUGGCUAUAACCCUGCCGACUUCAUUGCGACGCACUUGGGUAAUUAUACGGAAAGCCCGCCAGCCUUUUACGCCUUGAUUCAAAAGAGGUCAACAUUUAAGAGUAGCAUACCCCGUGGUGUCAACUUUGCAUCUGGAGGAUCUGGCAUUCUUGACGAUACUGGAAAUCAAGGAUUUCAUAAUGUAGUAUCACUUACUCGACAAAUAGAGCAAUUUCAAACAGUAUGUGAGAACAUCACAGCAAUAUAUGGAGAUGCCAAAGGUUCAAAGCUGCUUGCAAAUGCGUUCUACCUUAUAAGUGUGGGAAGCAAUGAUUUAUUCGACCAAUUUCUUUACAAUUACAAUAUAUCUGCACAUGAACUCAUCACUGAUCUCACCGAUACCUUUGCCUAUCACUUGCAGAAUUUAUAUAAUCUAGGUGCAAGGAAAUUUGGAAUUGUUGGCAUUCCAACUAUUGGAUGUUGUCCGGCAAUACGUGUUGUAACACCUGGUGGUGCCUGUAAUGAGACACUUAACGGUUAUGCUCAAAUUUUUUAUAAUACAACACUCAGUUUGCUGCAAGAUCUCAGCACAGCAAAUCCAGGAAUGAACUUUUCACUUGGAAAUUCUUUCUUGAUGACCAAGGGCGUUAUUGAUAAUGCAGUUGCAUCAGGUUUCGAAGAAGUUGAAGCAGCCUGCUGUGGUACGGGACCUUUCAAAGGAAGUGAUAAAUGUACUUCAAAAUCUGAUCUUUGCAAGAAGCGCGAUGAAUACUUGUUCUGGGAUUAUUUUCACCCAACCCAGAAAGCAGCUAAAAUGGCAGCUUUAUCUCUUCUUUAUGCAACUGGCCAGGAAUUUGUCACACCAGUCAACUUCAGUACAUUGGCAACUAUUCAGCACUGA